CGAGAGCUAAGUUCUGUGCAGGCCUGAGAAGCUGGUCAGGAGGCGACGCUGCAGGCCUAUUAUUGCCAAGAUUUGGACCAGGCUUCUUCCGGCGGGGUUGGGAGCCCAGAGCCUCCCGGGGACAGCGGUCGUGGUCUACUGUUAUUCACAACCAAGGGCAUCUUUCAAGCGGACAGAGCUGGUUUCGGGACCUAGGCACUCGGGGGCAUGGCUAUGGCUGCGGGUCCGAGCUCCCGGGAGCCAGAAGGGCUCCUGAUAGUGAAACUGGAGGAGGACUGUCCCUGGAGCCAGGAGGUACCCACGCCUGGCCCACAGCCCAGCCCAGAGGUCUCCCACCUGCGUUUUCGACGGUUCCGCUUUCAGGAAGCCUCCGGUCCCCGCGAGGCCCUUAGCCAGCUUCAGGAGCUUUGCCAUGGGUGGCUGCAGCCGGAGAUGCGCACCAAGGAGCAGAUCCUGGAGCUAUUGGUGUUGGAGCAGUUCUUGACUAUCCUUCCCCAAGAGAUUCAGAGCAGGGUGAAGGAGCUGCGCCCAGAGAGCGGCGAAGAGGCCGUGACCCUCGUGGAGCGUAUGCAGAGAGAACUUGGGAAACUGAGGCAACAGGUCACAAACCAAGGGCGGGGAGCAGAAGUGCUUUUGGAGGAGCCUUUGCCACUGGAAACGGCAGGAGAGUCACCGAGCUUCAAGCUGGAGCCAAUGGAGACUGAGCGAAGCCCUGGCCCCAGGCUGCAGGAGCUGCUAGACCCCAGCCCCAAAAGAGACCCCCAGGCUGUAAAGGAGAGGGCAUUAUCUGCUCCCUGGCUCUCUGUCUUUCCUCAUGAAGGGAAUGUGGAAGAUAAGGAUAUGACGGGGUCCCAGUUGCCCGAGAGCUUCGAGGACAUGGCAAUGUAUAUCUCUCAGGAGUGGGGCCAGCAAGAUCCUAGUAAGAGAGCUCUCUCAAGGGAUAUGGUGCAAGAUAGCUAUGAGAACGUGAGCACUCUAGAGUCCUGCACAGCGGGUCAGGAGGGCUUAGCCACCCAGGUGGAACAAGGAGGGAAGCCAUGGGAGCCUAGUGUCCAAAGCUGCAGGGAAGGCGUGAGCCCCAGAAGCCCACUUCCAGGGGCAGAAAAGUUUGAGAACCCAGAAAGAAAUGCUGAGUCAGUUUCUCCUGAAAGUGCUGAUCCUCCAGUACUGCUGCCUGGCCCAGCCAGGAGGGAGGUGCCCUGGAGUCCCGAGGAGGGCAGACCUGAUGAUGGAGAAGGACACUGGGAAUGUCCCUCAGAAGACAAAACAGAGGAGUCCUUGGUGGGAAUCAUAGGUUCUAGAGGACUGGUCCAGCCAAAGGAACUGCCCAAGAAAUUGCAUUUGUGCCCCUUGUGUGGCAAGAACUUUUCUAACAACUCAAACCUAAUCAGGCACCAGAGACUGCAUGCGGCAGAGAAGCUGUGUAUGGACGUAGACUGUGGGGAAGUUUUUGGGGGGCAUCCACAUUUUCUAUCACUGCACAAAACACAGGUGGGAGAGGAAGCCCAUAAGUGCCUUGAAUGUGGAAAAUGCUUCAGUCAAAAUACCCACCUCAUCCGCCAUCAGCGCACCCACACGGGUGAAAAGCCCUAUCAGUGCAAUGUGUGUGGAAAGAGCUUCUCCUGCAACUCCAACCUCCACAGACACCAGAGGACACACACUGGGGAGAAGCCCUACAAGUGCCCCGAGUGCGGGGAGAUCUUUGCUCACAGCUCCAACCUGCUCCGCCACCAGAGAAUCCACACUGGGGAGAGGCCCUACCGCUGUAGCGAAUGUGGGAAAAGCUUCUCUCGGAGUUCACAUCUUGUCAUUCAUGAAAGAACCCACGAGAGAGAGAGACUUGACCCUUUCCCUGAGUGUGGGCAAGGCAUGAAUGACAGUCCCCCCUUUCUUACAAACCACGGAGCUCUCAGAGUGGAGAGGAAACUCUUUGAAUGUUUAACUUGUGGGAAAAGUUUUCGGCAGGGCAUGCACCUGACCAGACAUCAGAGAACACACACAGGAGAAAAACCGUAUAAGUGUGCCCUUUGCGGGGAAAACUUCUCUCAUAGAUCUAACUUGAUCAGACACCAGAGAAUUCACACGGGAGAAAAGCCUUACACCUGUCAUGAGUGUGGAGACAGUUUCUCUCACAGUUCCAAUCGGAUCCGUCACCUGAGAACCCACACCGGAGAAAGGCCGUACAAAUGUUCUCAGUGUGGAGAAAGCUUCUCUCGGAGCUCACGCCUCACGAGUCACCAGCGAACUCACACUGGUUAGAUACGGGGAUCGCUUUUUGCCUCAGUUUUGGCAGAAAGCAGUCUUAUCCAGAGCUGGUGUUCUUUGCUCACUGCGUGUAUUUUACAGUUACUUAAUUCAAAGAGAAAGUGGGACUUAGUUUAAGGGAGGUGUAGAGGUGAAGAACUAGCUUAAAACUCAAAAGUUCAGUCUUUAAAGUAAGAACUUAAGUUCUUUGAGGUAACCUGCUCAGGGCCAGUUUUCUAUGAAGUCCAUCCUGUUUUCAGGUGCAUCUACCUUUAUUGUUUGACCCAGGUAUGGUUUGGGUGCUGUACUGAGUCUGGUAUUUAUCCCAAUAAUUUUGGGAAUACAUGUGACUUCAACUCCUUAUUUUUGACAUUCAGCAGAGGAGUUUGGGCUUCUGAGGCCCUUGAGACCAAAGAAGGGCUAGGUAUCCUGGGAGAUGAAUUUAAGGUCAACAAGACUGAUUUUAAGUUGCAUGUUUUUGAAAGGCCGUGGCUGGGAAGGCCUGGGCAGCCCAGUUCUGCCACUACAACACCUCUGUGUAGUUUGUCAGGGGUGCUCAUUGGCAUAUAAAGUGACCCAAGAAAGAAAGGGAACUGUAGACAUAGGGAAGCCAUAGGGUAGAAUCCACAGAUGAGCCUGGCGUUUUACAGAUUAAGGGUAUGUGGUUACAGCCUACCUUUCCAGAGAGUGUGACUUUCUUCCAUUUGUCAAAAAUGUGCAUAGAGCGCUAGAGACGUGACUCUGAAUGGAAGGUUUCAUGAUUCCACAGAAACAAAAAACAUCCUAGGGAAACUAGGAAAUUAUGUCUUUCUUUCCCUGAUGAAAAUGAUAAUAAAUAUCUCCCAGGA